AUGGCGGCAUCGAGUAUCCGCUUCGGGCCUGGCGCGACGAAGGAGGUUGGCAUGGAUUUUGCGAAUAUGGGUGCGAAGCGCGUUUGCAUUGUUACUGAUUCGAAUGUGGCGAAGCUUGAUGCUAUGAAGCAGGCUAUUGAGGGGUUGACCAAGGAGGGUAUAGAGUUCACGGUCUUUGACAAGGUCCGCAUUGAGCCGAAGGAUAGUUCCGUGAAAGAGGCUAUUGCUUUUGUCAAGCCCUAUAAGCCUGAUGCUUUCUUAGCUGUUGGUGGUGGCUCUGUCAUUGACACGGCCAAAUUGAUGAACUUGUAUAACGCCUACCCCGAAGCCGACUUCCUCGACUUUGUUAAUGCACCCUUGGGCAAGGGCCUCCCCGUUGAUAAGCCACUGCUCCCACUCGUCGCCGUGCCCACAACAGCAGGAACAGGCUCAGAAACAACCGGCACUGCCAUCUUCGACCUGGUCUCCAAAAAGGCCAAGACUGGUAUUGCCCACCGCAACCUGAAGCCCACAUUGGGAAUCUGUGACCCUCUGAACACCCGCACCAUGCCCUCAGCUGUGCAUGCCUCGUCCGGACUUGACGUGCUCUGCCACUCACUCGAGUCCUGGACUGCCAUCCCAUACAACGAGCGCACGCCCCGUCCCACGAACCCAAUCAACCGCCCGGCCUACCAAGGCGCAAACCCUAUCUCUGAUAUCUUCUCCCUGCAAGCGCUACGGAGUACAGCCCAGUUCCUCCCACGUGCAGUGCGCGAUCCCGAUGACCACGAAGCGCAGUCAAACAUGCUGCUCGCUGCUACAUUGGCCGGUGUGGGAUUCGGCAACGCAGGAGUCCAUCUAUGCCACGGUCUCUCAUACGGAAUCAGCUCACAGAACCCCGGAUACAAGCACGCCGGAUAUGAUGUGGACCACCCAAUCAUCCCACACGGCGUUUCCGUUGCCGUUACCGCCCCCGCAGUCUUCCGCUUUACCGCUGCGUCAAAUCCUGACCGUCAUCUUGCCGCCGCUGAAGCAUUCGGCGUUGAUAUCUCGAAUGUAAAGCGCGAGAGUGCCGGUGAGGUCCUUGGAAACGCCAUUGCAGAGUUCCUUGUCAAGCUUGGUGAUCAGCCUCGUGGACUGAAGGAUCUGGGCUAUAAGGCUUCAGAUAUUGAUGGCCUGGUUGAAGGGACAUUGCCUCAAAAGCGGGUUCUGAUGUUGGCGCCUAAUCUCAGUGAAGAGCUACAGGCUGAGAAGGGUGAAUUGAGGAAGUUACUUGAGGAGUCUAUGGACUAUUAG